AUGAGUGACAGUGAUUCUUCCAAUUGUACGCCGCCUCGUGGGAGCAGGUUCACGGAGAACAUUACUGAUGUGGUCUACAUCAGCCUUCCCAUCCCUUCUUCUGCCACCUUCUCCUGCCACAUCUGCACUACCGUUGGGCAGAAGCUGUUGACCCAUAACAGCCUGAAGAAGCACUUCCGCGCCACCCACAAAGGUACCAUUGUUGUCCGCUUCGAGUGCCACAUCUGCCAGUUCGAGUUACCGAGCGUGAGAAGCUAUGCCGCCCACCAUGCUGAACUCCACUCCCGUCGACCGGUGUCUCCACCCUCUACCACGCCUGGUACACCCCAAGUGCCGCCCAUCUCUUCCGAGGCCAUUGAUUGCUUCCUUGCGGCGGCUCGACGUCAAUCCAUAUCAGAGGCGCUGCCUCCUGACCCAUCUGCUGUGGCGCCGAUCCCUCCGACGGCUGCCCCCACUAAUCUACCUCCUCUUCUAGAUACCAGGCCGAUGCAUCCCCAUCCGCCUGGCCUCCUCAUCAACUUCGGGCCUCGUGAGCUACUCCCGCCCCUCAGUGCUUCUCUCAGUUAUGUGCCAAGUGACUUCCCUCCUCCGCCGCCAGAGCCAGAUCCUCCAGACGGAAAUGGCUCUCUAUGGUCCUGGACUGGUCGUACGAAUGUUCUGUAUGACGUGCUUGAUCAUCCGGUUGUGAGUGGUUGCUGGGAAAGAGGUGGUGGUGGCCGCUGUUAUCGCCCGCGCUCCCAUCCACCAAUAGUGACUGAAGAAAUCCGCAUUGCCCGGCAGCUUCUUCUCCCCAGUGCAGUUUCUGUUCCGCCACCGGAAAUGCCGCAAAAUAGUGUCGCUCCAGUGCUUGCUCAGCCUCCUUCGCCGCUAGCUACACCGAGCCUCCGAAAUACUACCCACACGCCACCUACCGGCUCCCUUCCAGCGUCUGGCGCUCCAGGUGCUCGAGGCCUAGUUUAUGCUGCAAUCUCUCCUCCUCCCAUAGUGAGUGAACCAGUGACUUCACCCUCCAUGCCAGAUGCUCCACCGUGGAAUCGGGAUGCUCAUCAAUCGGCCAUUUCGACCUUCCUCGACGGCCUGACCCUCGGCUGUCUACUUCUUCACUUUCCGCCCAGCCCCCAGGGCUCGGCUAAUGGGCGACCGGCUACCUCUUUUCGGCGUCGUUCCCCUUCACUUGACCCUGCACGGAUAGAUGAAGAAGAGGAAGCUCCUGACAUCCCCCCACCAAAGCUAACGGAUCUCCAACGACAGUGGGUUGAUACGUUCAACUCACUCCUCCCUGAGGAUGUUGAUGGCCUCUCGGCCCUCUCGUUGGCUAUUUCUUCUGCUGCUGCUGAACGGCAGGACACAGCACCACCACCUCCUACCCGUGCUCCGGCUCCCCGUAAUCAAGGUCUCAACCGAGCCCCACGUAGGCGCCCACGAUACGAUCCCCAGGAUGCUUCUGCCAUUCAGAAGCUCUACAGGAUAGACCGAAACAAAGCCAUGACCCACAUCUUGGCAGAACCGUCUCCGUACUGCGCGGCUGAACCGGCAGCAAUCGAGACGCACUUGACCACAAUUUUUGCAGGGGAAGAGCACCCCUGGUCCGAUCCACCCGCCUGUGUGCCGGCCUUUGAUCAGCCUACCACGCCUGAUGAACUGGCCUUCCUUACGGCCCCGAUCACCCCACUGGAAGUUUCCUUCCGCCUUCAACGGAUGAAAAACACGGCUCCUGGACCUGAUGGCGCGCGUUACUCUGGCCUACGUCGCGUCGACCCUGGCUGCCACACCCUGGCCCUAAUCUACUCGCGGUGCCUCCGCAUUGCCAAAGUUCCAGCCGCCUGGAAAGAGUCGACGACGGUCCUCAUCUUUAAAGCCGGUGACAGAGAGAAUCUAGGCAACUGGCGUCCGCUCACCCUUGGAAACACCAUUGCCAAACUCUACUCUGGCGUCAUCGCCGACCGGAUUUCCCGCUGGGCGGAAGAGGGCCACCGGAUUUCGCCACAACAAAAAGGUUUCACCCGACACGACGGCUGCCUUGAGCACAACUUCCUCCUUCAGGCCGCAAUUAAUCAAGCCCGUCGCACCGGCCAGGAAUUGUGUGUUGCAUGGCUUGACCUGGCCAACGCCUUUCCUUCCGUCCCCCACAACCACAUUUUUGGCACCCUAAACCUUUUAGGGCUACCUGCGGAACUAAUUUCCGUCGUGCAAGAUCUCUACAUCGACACAACCACACGCGGGAUGACGUCCAGUGGCCUGACAGCACCCAUCCCAAUUUCAUCUGGAGUCAAACAGGGCUGCCCCCUGAGCCCUGUGAUAUUUGAUCUGGCUAUGGAACCAAUCAUCCGCGCUGUCAUGGCGCUAAAGCCCCUCUCUUUUAAAUUAGGCCUUAUUGACCUCCUUAUUCUAGCUUUCGCCGAUGACCUGGCCCUCCUAGCAAAAAAUGAAGCCGCACUCCAGCGCCAACUUGAUGUGGCGACGGAAACGGCAGAAUGGUGUGGCCUCACCUUCAAACCGGCCAAAUGUGCCACUCUCCAUGUGGUCCGGCGAGAAACUGUCGAUUCCGUCUUCACAAUCAACGAAAACCCAUUGGCGGUCCUUGGUGAAGGACAACACUACCGCCAUCUGGGAGUCCCAACUGGUUUCCGCAACAAACAGACGCCAGAGGAAACGCUGGCUCAAAUUUCCAACGACCUGGACCUUCUCGACAACAGCCUACUAGCCCCUUGGCAGAAGAUUGAUGCGGUCGUCACCUUCAUUGUGCCCCGCCUAGACUUCAUUCUCCGAGGUGCCAACGUCGCAGUUAAACCGCUCAGAGCAUUGGACAAGAGAAUGAAGAAAAAUGUGAAAAAGUGGUUAAAUUUGCCCCAACGGGCCAGUGCUGAAGUGGUCUUCAUUCCUAGUCCGCUAGGUGGUGCUGGCAUUCUACCGUUUAGUGAUAUGCGCAAUGUGUGCGCAAUCACCCAUGGUUAUCGUCUUCUUACCUGUCCCGACGAUGAUGUACGUGAAACUGCUUGGGACACGCUCAAAACCGCGGCUCACCUCAAGAUUCGACGUGUACCAGACAUGGAGGACAUUGCCGCUUACCUCAACGGAUCCACGGAUGGUGACAUGAUUCAAACCAACGGCGAUGUUCCUUCGUUGUGGUCGCGUGUCCGAUCCUGUACGCGCGCCCUUCGUCGAAUCGUGAAUAUUGAAUGGUGGUGGUGCGCCACCCUUGGUGAAAUGCAGAUCAUCGUCCCCCGUCCUGGAAAAGAACCAGAUCAGGCGCGAGCCCACCCGGCCGCCCGCAGUCAGGUGUGUAAUCUAGUUAAAACGGCCCUCCGGGCCUCCUACCUCCACCGCCUUCUCCAGAAACCCGACCAGGGUAAAGUGUUCUCAGUGACCAGCCUCCGUAGUGAAUCAAAUCACAUGAUGAAAACCGGCCUUUAUACCCGAUUUGCCGACUGGCGCUUUCUCCAUCGGGCCCGACUGGACACUGUCCCCCUAAAUGGAACGCGCCGAUUUGGCGCCGGCAGUAAGCGCUGCCGCCGUUGCAAUAAUGUGCUCGAAACUCUCCCGCAUGUUCUCAGCCACUGCAAAUAUGUCAGUCGUCCUCGGGCUCUCCGCCACCAUAAUGUCGUCCAUCGACUGGCCAGAGGGACGCCGGUGAUUGCUGGAACGAUUACCGAAGACAAGGCGAUACCCGGUACCAGCGGCCAGCUCCGACCGGACCUUGUCGUCACUGAUGUCUCGACCCGCUCCAUCUCCAUCGUCGAUGUAGCCAUCGUCUUCGAAAACAAAUUCGAAGCGUUUCAACUUGCUCGAGCUGGGAAAAUAGAAAAAUAUGACCCUCUUGCCGCAGAACUCCGAUCUCAAGGCUGGAAUGUUUAUCUAGAUGCCUUUGUGGUUGGUGCGCUUGGUGGAUGGGAUCCAGCGAAUGAUGCCGUUAUUCGCCAACUACGCAUCAGUAAAAGCUACGCCAAACUCAUGAAAAAACUCGUGAUCAGCGACACCAUCCGGUGGUCCCGCGAUAUUUAUGUGGAAUUCAUCAGCGGAAAGCGGCAGUAUCGGGAACCCAUUCCUAUGGCUCCGCCUCCAUCACGUCCCUAA